GCCCGGUCACCGCCAGUUGCCCGCCACCCGUCGUAGGGAUAGCACGCACCCUCUCCGCUCCCGCCACCAGCCGCUCUCCUCGCUCCGCUCCACUUUUACUCCAACUUCUCUCCCGUGUUCCCUUGCCAAAGUGAAGUCCGAAUCGUAUACCCCUUUAAUACGGCUCAUUACCUGUGUGUCACGGUAAAUUGAUGGCAUUAGGAUUUAAAAGACCGUAUCGUGGUAUUACAAAAAAGUUGUGCAAGAGGAACUGGGCGAGUUUUUAUGGCGGAGUCCACGUGACGUUGGCUCAGAAACACACCAUUGUCCUGCGAACGUCUUCCUCAUUUUAGGCGAUAAGACGAGCUUGUGAUAAGAUAGUGAGAGGUGAGUGCGGGCCCGUCCAGGGAGCAGUGUGGUGGUGUCAGCGCUCUCCACCACCACCACCACUACCACAAGGUCAAGAUCACCACCACCUGCCUGCCUCCGCCCCCACCACCAUCGCCGCCGCCCCUCUCUCUCUCUCCCACACGGCCGCCCACGCCUCUCUCACCCCCACCCAUCGCCCACCCCCAAAAAUCGCGGGUCUACGGCACUUAGAUUUUUACUGGAGGAAAGCCGAGUGAAAGGAAAAGUUGUUGACCCGGUAACCGUGUUGACCUGACCCACAUAUUACGCUGACCCAUUCACCUAUGGGCUGAGUAGUGCACCCGUGACCCCACGCCACCCACCCCGCCAUUCAUAGCGAGAGUGACCCCCCACCCCACCCCCAUCUCACCCCUCUCCCCCCCCCCCCCCCUUGAACCUGAAGAUGGCACUGGCACUUACGCAAGCAGCGACGCUUGACACUGGCGCGAGAUGUACCUGUAUUUGAUGACCUUCGCUUGUAUCGUACAUUGACCCACGACGCGAUCUUUUUUCUCUUGAGUUAUCAGACUGUAGUGACUGGCGGGCUCCCUGCCGAUCACUUGAUAGUGACAUUUCCUCCAAGUUCCACGUAUGGCCAAGGUGCUGGCGACGACGGGUCGAAGCGGUGGAAUGUUUGUGCUGGGUUCUGGCGUAGCGACACUCAACCUUUCGGCCAUGGGGGACGAAAGUUGCUCUGAAGUAUCGAGUUCUUCGCCUCUCACUAGCCCCGGGGCCCUGUCCCCCCCAGCCCUCGUUAGCGUCGGCAUGAGCCCCCCGACCUCCCUCGCCUCCUCCGACAUUGGCGAGGUCGACCUCGACUUCUGGGACCUCGAUCUCAACUCUCAUAGUCCCCCUCACGGCAUGCUUGCGGCGGCCUCCACGACCACCUCCCUCCUCGCCAACCCUAGGAGCCUCACGGCGCUCUCAGACACCUCCUCGAUUUCAGGUCGAGAUGACAUGUCCCCCUCCUCCCUCACCAACUACGGCUCCGACUCCUACAGCGACCUCAAGAAGAAGAAAGGUCCCAUACCCCGACAGGCAGAGGAGCUGUGCCUGGUGUGUGGGGACAGGGCCUCUGGAUAUCAUUACAACGCGCUAACCUGUGAGGGAUGCAAAGGUUUCUUCCGAAGAUCUAUUACCAAGAAUGCAGUAUAUCAGUGUAAAUAUGGCAACAAUUGUGAAAUGGACAUGUAUAUGAGACGCAAGUGUCAAGAAUGUCGCCUGAAGAAAUGUCUCAGUGUUGGCAUGCGGCCAGAAUGCGUGGUUCCCGAGUCUCAAUGCCAGGUAAAACGUGAACAGAAAAAAGCUAGGGAUAAAGACAAAAAAGAUUAUCCCAGCCUUGGUUCCCCCAUAGCUGAGGAGAAGGCCAUUCAUUUUAGUCCAGUGAGUAAUGAUUGUAAACCCAAAGGAUCACCAACUGCAUCCGCUAUGCAGUUCAAAAAUCUUGUGGGAAGCAGUAACAUCUCUCUAAGUCCUGUGUCGGCAAUUCCAAGAUCAAAUGUAAAGCCCUUGACUCGAGAGCAGGAAGAACUGAUUCACACGCUAGUCUAUUAUCAAGAAGAGUUUGAGCAGCCUUCAGAAGAAGAACUAAAGAAAAUCAAAUUUACCUUCGAUGGUGAAGAUACAAGUGACAUGAGAUUCAGGCACAUAACCGAGAUGACGAUCCUCACAGUUCAGCUCAUUGUGGAAUUCUCCAAGCAACUACCUGGUUUCGGCACUCUUCAACGAGAAGACCAGAUUACUCUGCUCAAGGAUUACGAAAUAAGUGAAGACGACUCGGAUGCCAAGUUUAAACACAUCACAGACAUGACCAUCCUCACAGUCCAGCUGAUCGUAGAGUUCUCCAAGCGUCUUCCUGGAUUUGACACACUACUCAGGGAGGACCAGAUUACACUUCUAAAGGCAUGCUCUUCUGAGGUGAUGAUGCUUAGAGCUGCACGGCGCUAUGAUUCCAAGACUGAUUCAAUUGUAUUUGGAAAUAACUUUCCAUAUACACAACACUCCUAUGAGUUAGCAGGCUUGGGAGAGUCGGCCGGUACACUUUUCCGCUUCUGUCGUAAUCUGUGUAAGAUGAAGGUGGAUAAUGCAGAAUAUGCAUUGUUAGCAGCUAUUGCCAUUUUCUCAGAGAGACCUAACCUAAAAGAACUCUCUAAAGUAGAAAAACUUCAAGAAAUAUACCUCGAAGCAUUGAAAUCGUAUGUGGAGAAUCGACGAAUGCCACGAUCCGCAAUGGUGUUUGCAAAGUUGCUGAAUAUUCUCACAGAAUUGCGAACCCUUGGAAACCUGAACUCAGAGGUGUGCUUCUCUCUCACACUCAAGAACAAGCGACUUCCGCCUUUCUUGGCAGAGAUUUGGGAUGUUACUGGAUGUUAAUGCUGAGCCACCGCCACUUCCCGGGUGCCAUGUUACUGAGGUCGACUUACGAAUGUGAGAGGAUGGUUGUGAGUCAUCUGGGGGUGGUGGGUGGUCCCUACACAAUGUACCUGCAGGCUGUGAGUGAGAGACUGAUAAUGCUGUGGGAGCAGCUUUACACUGCCACCCAGGACCCACUUUCAGCCACCUGAUGUGUCUAUGUGCUAGGCCGCCGUUGUGACAGUGCUGUGCAGCCCGCCACCAGUGCAAUGUAGAGUGUAUAAUGAUGCGCCCAGUUUGUCCAAGGGGCAACAGAACAUGCAAUGUAGCCUUACUUAUUAUUAUUCAUUAGGAUCCUUUCUUUAAGCUGUGAGGGGUGACACUGGCAAUUGUUAUAUCAUUGAUCUCUCUCAUGUGUGCGCAUGCACACACACACACACACACAAUCACUCACACACACACACACAACAAAAUAUACAAUGAUAUUCCAACCCAUCCUCCAAAAAAAUUAUAAUACUAUAUUGAUUAUGUAUGGAAUGUACAAAAUAUGGACUGUUGUACCCCCCAAAAAAAAGUACUGAAAUUAAUGGAACUAAAUGUACUCGAUUAAUGAUAGGUUGUUUGAAAGGGUCAGUACUAGAAUGAGGGGGAUACAAGUGAAACAUCCGAAUGAGCCAAAGAGAUGUACCCGGUAAAGAAAAUUUUCUUAAAUGUAAGGGCAGUGAGUGGAAUACAUUAGAGUAGAAAGCAGUGGAGGUAAACUCUAUACAUGAAUUGAAAUGUAAAUACUGUAUAACAAGAUUCAUGGGAGGACGGGGAUGCGUCACACGAGACGAUUAAUGGUUAAGAGAUAUGGGCCAGGAGCUGGAGCUCAAUCCCAACAAAUACAGACACGUACACACAUGCACAGAAAUGCAUGUGUGUGUGUGUACACAUGAUAAAAUGUACAUGUACAUAUUGUAUACACAUGCAUUCAUAUAGAUACACACAUGUAUGAAUAAUGUGUCUAAUAAUAUAUAAGAAUAUGUAAAGCUACAUUGCAAUGUUGCUCAGAUACUGCGCAAGCCACUAUUUGGCAGGCAACGAACUCCACGUGCCUUGCUUACGGUCAAGCUUCUGUUUCCUAUCUAAUUCUCAAGGUGUUCCUGAGGGACUGAGGAGAGUGGAAUUUAAACACAAAGGAACAGUGCGAUGUCUUCGGAUCCAUAUUUUUAUAUGACUUCUUACUUGUUAAUUUAAUUGAGCUGGUAUGCCGUCCUUACAAGUAGUAGACUAUUGAAAAUAUAUGUUAAUAUUAUUGUAAUGUUAUUAUUACUGCUAUAAAGUGUAAUCUUGUACCAAUAUCCCUGCCCUUACACAUGGAAGGUUGUGUAUAAAUCAGCUUACAUUAAGACUUGAGAAUUGUAGUGGUGCCGUCUAGAAUGUGAAAUCGUUUUGCAGUUUGCUCCUAUGAAUUGUGCAAUGUAAAUGGACUAUGUUAGUAACAUAUCUCCUGUAGUGUGGAAUGGGGUACUCGAUGCCAUACAGAUAAAUAGAAUUAAUAAAAAAUUUACACACUUAAACAUUUAUAUACUAUAUUUGUAAUGGAAUAUCACAUUGAAUUUGUUUUUCAUAAGGCACCCUAGAGGAAACAUUGUUUCUCAAUUUAUCAUUUAAAAUAAAUUUUUCUAUAAAUUUUAAUGGUUUUAAUAGUAAUAUGGCAUCUAAACUUAUAAUUGAUAAAUUAAAUUGCCGUUAGUACCCAGACAUUACCAAAGUUAAAAUUUUGCAAUAUUGAUCACAUAAUUUAAAUGUGAGCAUGUAAGCAUUAAUAUCCCGGUCCUGCAUUGAAGAAAGAGAUUCCUAUCCUUAGCCAAUUAGCCAGCAUUAUGAAAAAUUACUUUAAUUUCUCAGAAAAAUGUAAUUAGGAAUGAAGAACCACACCUGCACCUGAUGUGCACUCCUUUAUCUUCCAAUAUCCAAGAAAUGAUAGCUAACCCUUAGAAACGCCCUUUUCCUUUUUGUUCAAUCAAAAUACAUAAGAAAUGUGUGGCAAGUAGAAUUUUACAGCUGUUGCCCUUAUCCUCCUAACUUUAACAUUAGAAUCUCUCACUGGUCACCCUAACCCAAAAUGAGAAAAUCAAGUAACAAUAUACCAUAUGCAGUAUAGUAAAUUUGCAGACAGUAGAAAUUUUGAAUUUACCUGAAAAGUACAACUGAUAGUAUAGAUUAAGAUAAAAAUUCUUAUUGUAAGGGAAAUGAAUAGGGUGCUGAGUUAAUAAAAUUGUCCAGGGUGCUAUUUAAAAAAAAAAAACGCUGUUUCCAGAAGGGCUCAGGAACUUUGCCUAGAAUACUUGAUAUGACAAGCAAUAUGGUCUGCUGCAUUGUUCUUUAAUAUGACACAUUUUUCAGUCAUUUUGACAGUGAUAAUGUGACUUAUUAAAUGUCGUUAUUAGGCGCACUAUUGCUUUUCUUGUCAGUUAUUAACUUAGGAGCAUAGGUUGUCCUUAUAAAAUGUAAUGCUCAGAUUCAGGGAUGUCGAUUGAGUAAAUUUUCUGAUUUGGUGAUAAUUAGCACCUUAAAAAUUAAGUAAUUAGAAUAAAAGCUGAAACUGAAAUCCCUGAAACUGUUGAAUUACCCACCCCUGGCUUCUCCAUGUUGUGUAAGCCGCCCAUGAUAUCUAGUUCAUGUUCUGGACAAGUGAUGUGUAUAUUUGUGAUUGUAAAGAUUCUUGGAUAUACUAAUUCCUUGUUCAGACUGAAAUAUAUUUGUAUAUCAUGAAUCCAGUGCAUUAUCUCAUGUUGUUGUUUGUCCAGAAAUAUUGGUUGUUUGCUACAAUUUCAGUGUUUUAAUAUCUGUAAAGCAGGUUUUGUAAAGCAAAAUAUGUCAAAUGGCAACAAAUGAUUCUGAAAGAAUGAAGAAGAUAUUCUUAAAGAGUGAAUGUGUGUAAGUACAGAAAGAUUUCACCUUCAUCAUAGAUUAAGGUCAUCUUCCAUAGUCUUUUAGCUUUUCUCAUCUUCACAUCUUCAUUUUUUUGGUAGCCACUUUUCAGCACAUAAGAGGAUGUUAGGUCUGUGUAACAAGUUGGUUAAAAAUGGCUCAAGCUGGGCUAGACUUUAUACCCAAAAAGUUUGUGAUCAAAAGUAUUUGGGGUAUGAUGGCACCCAGUAGCUUGUGUCAGUUGCAGCUGUUUCACCUACACUUCAGAAGAGGAAAAUAUUGUAAGAGAUCAGUGGCUAUGAUUGUAAAUAAUAAAAUGUUGGAUCUGAGGUGGGAAAUCAAUUUUAAUAUACUUUUUAUCUGACCAUUUUAUUGUUAUCAUUUGGUACCAUUUUCAGUCAGUGCAGUUUCAUUUUGAUGAGGUGUUGAGGUUGAUGUAAUUAGUUAAAGUAUAAUUCCAUUGUGAAUAAAGGUGUACUUGAGAUUUUAAUCCUUGUCACUGGAUAAUUUAAUGUCUAAUGCAGGUAGGAACUGCCGCAUGGCUCAUUGACAAGCUUAGCUAAUCAGUAUGCACCUCUCAUAUUACAUUUUUUGUAAUGACUGUCUACUUGGUCAAAAGAUAUUUCAAGCACUCUCAGAUUCUUCCAGUUGUUGAGUAGUCUCGGUGCAUAAUACAAGUUCUGUGAUAUUCAUCUUGUAAAGAAAGCCUUUUAUUGAAUAUGAUAUUAAAGACUCAGAUUAUAUAGUCUGAAAACUUUUAAAUGCACAAAUAUUGUUAAUUGGUGGACUGUUUUAUUUGUUCUAAAGAGCAACACUAUAAGAGCUUAAUUAAUCUACUGUGUUCGUAUCUGAAAAAUAGUGUGAUAAUUUUGGUUUAGUCAUAAUGAAAUCCAUGACUGUUAUCUUUUUAAGGCAUUUAUAUUGUAUUAGUGAGGAAAGAGCCAAUCAAAUACAUUUAAAUUUAAGUAGCGUCAAUCAACAAAAAUCAAGUAAUCCAUUUUCAUAAUGGAUUAACUGUGAAAAUGUCCGAUUACUUGGUACCUGCGAACACAGCCUGUCCCCUGGUUUGUUUUUAUUUGUCUUAACCAACUUGUUGCCAUUAAUGGUAGGUUUGUGGAUGGAAUCCAUCUGGGGAAAUUAGGAAAGUAUUCAGUGAAGAGAUUUUGUAAUUAUAUUUUCUUGGUCUACUUUGAAGAAACCCAAGACUAAUGCAUGUAUAAAUGAACCAUCUUGUCAGUAUUUGCUUUUGUGAGAACAUGUAUUCAAAUGUGGUUGGUUGAAACUUAAAUCACCCAAUCACUUUUGAAAGGGCCAUAUAAAUGUGUCUCACUGUCCUCUGAUUGGUCAGCUUCUAUAGUCCACAAGCCAAUCAGGUGUCAGUUAUACGUCCAUGCUCCUCCUCCAUUAAAAUGAUUGUGACAAUUUUGCUGGAAAUGAGCAACUCAUUAUUAAUUUUGAGAAAUGUUUUUUAUAUUAAAUUUGGAAAAUAAUAAAAUUAUCUUGUUUCUUU